CGGGGGCUGCUGGGAAAACGGCUUCGGAGCGGCGUUUCUGCGGCUGCGGCGGACAGCGAAACUGCUGCGGUUCCCGAGCCAGAGGAAAGCUGUGAGGAAGACAAGAUAUUUUCCUGAGGUUUAUAUCCUCCCUUGAUUGCCUUUUCUUGAAGUAUUACAAAUCAGGAUGUCUGCACAGUCAGUGGAAGAAGAUUCAAUACUUAUCAUUCCAACUCCAGAUGAAGAGGAAAAAAUUCUGAGAGUGAAGUUAGAGGAGGAUCCUGAUGGUGAAGAGGGGUCCAGUAUUGCCUGGAACCAUCUGCCGGACCCAGAGGUUUUCCGGCAGCGAUUCAGGCAGUUUGGAUACCAGGAUUCACCAGGCCCCCGGGAGGCUGUGAGUCAGCUCCGAGAACUUUGCCGUCUAUGGCUCCGGCCAGAGACCCACACAAAGGAACAGAUUUUGGAGCUGGUUGUGCUGGAGCAGUUCGUUGCCAUCCUACCCAAGGAGUUGCAGACUUGGGUUCGAGAGCAUCAUCCAGAGAAUGGAGAGGAAGCAGUGACAGUGCUGGAGGAUUUGGAGAGUGAACUGGAUGACCCUGGACAGCCGGUUUCUCUCCGUCGUCGGAAACGGGAAGUGCUAGUGGAAGACAUGGUAUCUCAAGAAGCAGCUCAGGGAUUACCCAGUUCUGAGCUUGACGCUGUGGAGAACCAGCUCAAGUGGGCAUCCUGGGAACUCCAUUCCCUAAGGCACUGUGAGGAUGAUACCAGGACUGAAAAUGGAGCACUAGCUUCAAAGCAGGAGAUUGCUUCAACAGGAGAAUCUCAUGGCGUUCCUGGUGCUCUUAAUAUAGGUGUUCCUCAAAUUUUUAAAUAUGGAGAAGCCUGCUUCCCCAAGGGAAGAUUUGAAAGAAAGAGAAAUCCCUCUCGAAAGAAACAACAUAUUUGUGAUGAAUGUGGAAAACACUUCAGUCAAGGCUCGGCCCUUAUUCUUCAUCAGAGAAUUCACAGUGGGGAGAAGCCCUAUGGAUGUGUUGAAUGUGGGAAAGCCUUCAGCAGAAGUUCCAUCCUUGUGCAACACCAGAGAGUCCAUACUGGAGAAAAACCUUACAAAUGUCUUGAAUGUGGGAAAGCCUUUAGCCAGAAUUCUGGGCUUAUUAAUCAUCAGAGAAUUCAUACUGGGGAGAAACCUUAUGAAUGUGUUCAAUGUGGGAAAUCCUAUAGUCAAAGCUCAAAUCUUUUUAGACACCAGAGAAGACACAAUGCAGAGAAACUUCUGAAUGUUGUGAAAGUUUAAGAAAUUACAAAAAAAAAAAAAAUCAACACUCAGGUCUUUUUCUUCAGAUAUAAAGACACAAUUAAAACAUGAAGUUAUACAGAAUAGUUUUUUUCCCUGUUGACUGUCAGAAAAGUCCACUGGGAAAUAUAAAAGAAAUCUUCGCUCACCAUUAAUAUUUUAUCUGGAAAGAAAUGGUGUUAUGCCUGCCUAGAAACUGAAAAUUUAAAUUUAAUUCAGGUGUUAAUGCCUAAAUUUUACAUGUGAUGUAUUUUCUAUUUUUUUCCUCCAAACAAUGAACUACCUGAUUC